CUGUGUCGGUGCGUCCAAAGCCGUGCCGAAGAGGGGACAAGGCGAGUCCUGUUGUUUUUCUUUCACUACAACUCGUCUGGCAAAAGGAAAAGACAUAACAAAGUCGACGCUAACCACCUUCCCCCCUCCCUCCUUCAACCUUACUCUCAACGUAUAUCGUCGCCACUCCCGUCACCCACCGUCACCACGGUCGCCACCACCGUCACCACCUUUUCCCCGCUUGCCACCAACGCCGCCGAGGACCAUCACUCGGGCAGUCCACAUACCGCGUCGUCACCAUCACUACCACCAUCACUUCGUCCACAUAGCCAUCGCCACCAACCAUGGCUCCGCUCCUCAAGCCUGCAGACUCCUUCAACUCGUCGUCGGCGACUAUCCGGCCCGACCGCGAGGAGCGCGACCUCCCUCGUCCCAACCUCGGCGGCGCUGGUGCCGGCCUCGGACCGACCGACAGCAUUGGGAGGGACUUUGAGUCGCUCCUCGGCGGGCGGCUCGGCGUGCUCCAGAGCGACUCGGCGCUCGGAGACCAGUCCUUACUCGAUCGCUAUCUUCAUGGCUUUGGACAGCUGCCAUCCGAGGUCGGCACCACUGGCACGGGCACGAUCGACCCCGCUGCGGCCGGCCUCGCGCGCCAGCCGUCAGAGUUCAACCCGAUGGCCUUCCUCAACGAGUCGACGACGAACGACACCUUCUUUGCCCAGGUCGGCCUCGACCCACCUUCGGGCUUCGUGCCGCCCGAGACCCCAGCGCCAGCGUCAGCGUCAGCAGCCCCUGCCGCGCCCACUGAGGACGUCUUCCGCCCUCGUUCCGCUGCGAGCAACCACUCGCGCGUGUCGCUGUCGAGCACGGAUGUGGAUGACUCUGGCUUCUACACGACCGACAUGGACACGGACGACAACUCUGUGGCAGGAGACUUCCAGCCUUCCCCGUCUCCGCUCUUAGAGCUGAACGCGCUCAAUCUCGGCGCGACCGCUGUGCCCUGGGGCGGCAGCGGUGCGCCAACGACCAUCGCGCCGGAUGCUGAAGCGCUGGGGUCGAGCGCAGCGAACGCCGGCGCGUCGUCGAGGCGGCUGGGAGCGAAGCGCAGCGUGCGUAAUGUCGAUGGGUCUGACCCCGAGGAGCAGAGACGUAUCGACAGGCUUGAGCACCGGCGAAGCAUCAAUCGCCGCUCGGCACAGAAGCACCGCCUGCGGCGAAAGGAGGAACUCGAGACGCUCACGCGCGAGAUUACUGAGCGCGAUGCCAAGAUCCAGACGCUGGAGAAGGAGCUCGCCGUCACCAAGGCCCAGCUGUCGCAGUUGGCCAGCUUUGUCCGAGAGCAUGUACAGAUUCCCAACCGAAACGCCGCCGCCGCAGCUGCUGCCGGCGUCCCCCGCCCGACCUAGAUAUGAGCGAUGAAACCGAACAAUGGAACCGAGUCGAGUCAAAACGCUAUACCGCAGAAAUCAAGUGUCGAUACCAGACAAAUCUUGUACCCCGCCGAGGAGGUCGGUCGGAGGCAGAGGCGCGCCGAGUCGCGAAAGCCGUUGCGACUCUGGCGCGUGGUGUCUCGUCAAGUGUCGCCUGUUACUUGUGCCGCAGGUCGUCGAGCCGUUAUGCAAACUGUGUGAUGGGU